CGGUAUGGGCCCCGGCCCAGCACCAGGCCCAUUGUCCAACUAUAUCAAGCAGAAGACUUGCUGACCUUUCCCCCGCGCAGGAGGUUCUUAUUUUCUCAAGCAAAGCUAAGAGUCACCACCGCCGAAGGAGAAUCGAGAGCUCGACGGCGCGGGAAGAAGAUGAUAAUUCCAGUCCGUUGUUUCACUUGUGGCAAGGUGAUUGGGCACAAAUGGGAUACUUACCUUGACCUUCUACAAGCUGAUUACACUGAAGGGGAUGCUCUUGAUGCUCUGGGGCUGGUCCGUUAUUGUUGCAGACGGAUGCUCAUGACCCAUGUUGACCUCAUUGAGAAGCUUCUUAACUACAAUAGUAACUCCCUCCCUCUCUCUCUAGCUAAUUCAUGGGCGCUUGCUUUUGUGUGCAUAUUACUCACUUCUCUAACAAGUUGCAUGGAUAGAAUGUGCUAGCACAUGCAUGUUGUAGGCUUGUAGCGUUACUCUUUAAAAGUAGGGUCCUUUCAAGUGGUCUGCAGUUGGCCCAAGUAUAAAGCUCUUGUAUUAAGCGAGCUAGUUGCAUUUAUCCUUAUCCUGGAUACUAAAUCCAUGCCAUCUUUGGAAUAGCUAUUUACUCGUUAGUCAACUGGUUUGAGCCCGCCAUAUGUUGCUGAAAUAGAUUGACAGACACCCCAAAUAACAUUUACUUUGGAGCAUUAUUCAAGUGAAAAAAGUUCACAUUUUGUGUGAAUCCAUACCAUAGUAAUAUGUAGUUUUGAGUCUUUAUUCAUCAAUCACGUAACAGUGUUUCGGUUUUGUUUGUUAAAAUGCCAACUUUUUCCAAUUUCCGUGCCUCUUCUUUUCACUGACCAUGACCCCUUGUUGCAGCUCUGGAGAAAAGUGAGGGCACUUGAGGUAGACAGUCCCAUCGAUGUACAUGAGCAGUUUUGCAAUAUCUUCGAAGGCUGAAAUGAAUGAAGGAUGAUGACUGGAGACCAUGAGCAUUUGGUGUAGUAUGUCUGUGAAUUAGGGCCGCGUGUACCCUAGGUUUCCUUGUAAUGAAUCUCUGCACUGAGAUGUUGCUAGCGACCAACAGUUAUCGAAUCUGUCAAUUAACGUUGAGAUGAUUUUAGCUUGAAUACUGAUGCUCCGGAAUUUGCAGGUUGCCUAGACUUAUCCAAACAAUAUAAGGAGGUUCCUCUC